AUGAAGUUCUGCUCGAAGCAACAAUGUUUUAUGUUUUCUCCAUAUAACCAGGGCUACUGCGCAUGGAAGAUUGGCCUCUGUGAUGAGCAUACCGUUAUGAGAAGGUUAAUGGAUGGAAUCCCACCUCUCAAAGACAAGAAGCUUCACAUUGAGAAUCUCCAGUUUGAAGGCGUGACAGUGAGGCUGUACCGGCCAAAAGGGGUUUCCGCGAAGCUCAGGAAAGGGAUCCUCUUCAUUCAUGGAGGAGCUGGCCUGUGGGGCAGCACUGAUUCCCAUGAACGAACAUGUCGCUUUAUUGCCAAGGAAAGUGGCUCAGUGGUUGUUUCUGUCGGGUACCGUCUGUCUCCUGAGUAUCCAUACACUGUACAGCUCAUCGACUGUCUUGCCGCUACCAUCCACUUUAUGAAGAAUGCAGAGGGCUAUGGAGUGGAUCCAAAGGGUAUCAUCAUUAGUGGGGAUAGCAUAGGGGGAACAUACGCAGCUGUGGUUUGUCAAGAACUGGUCAAGAGAACGGACCUCCCCAAAGUACGUGCCCAGAUCUUGAUUUAUCCUCUUGCACAAUUCAUCGAUUGCCAUUUACCUUCCCAUCAGCAAAACAAAUUUGUACCCCCAUGUUUCCCAAGAAACAUAGUGGAACUAGGUCUGAAGUUUUUAGGGAAAAAGGCAUCUUUAGCAAAAGGUUUGGAGGAAGGCUCCCAUGUUCCAGAGGACUUGAAAAUGAAGUUGAGGAAGUGGAUGAGUCCAGAUAUUAUCCCGAAGGAAUUCAAACUCAGAGGCUACAAACCACCGCCACCGGCUGUCUUCUCGCCAGAAAUUUACCAAGAAGUCAAGGAGGUUUUCCAGACCACAUUGUCACCCCUUAUCGCUGAUGCCAAUGUCAUUCGGCAGCUCCCUGAGACGUACAUUUUAACGUGUGAAUAUUGUAUAUUCAGAGAUGACGGACUGCUGUACAAAAAGAGAUUAGAGGACGAAGGGGUUCCUGUGACUUGGUGCCACCUUGCCGAUGGAUUCCAUGGAAACUUGUUCUUCAUUGAUUGUCCUUGGCUUUCAAUUUCGGGCGCCAAAAGAGGGAUGGACAGUGUCGUGAAUUUUGUAAAAAGGUUAUAA